UCCCCGGCGCAGGUGAUGUGUGUUCAAACACCUGCCAGCCACACAGCGCCGAGGCGGACGGGAGAAUCACAAAGGCACUGGAGAGGAAUGAGCUCCUACGACCCUCAGGCACAGUCGCCCCACCGGGCCAGUCCUCAGUUUCCAAGCAUUGGCCAGGAGCCCCCCGAGAUGAGCCUCUAUGGAGACAACUACUACCACCCCAGCAGCCUGCCAAGCCCUCAGCGCCCUCCAACCUACGAUCUGGGGGAUUACAAUGGAGCCGCACCCAACCCCUACCUGUGGUUCAACAGCUCGGGCAUCGGCAGCUCACCCUACGCCCCUCCGUCGGGCUCGGCCUCCUUUGUUCCACAGCCCUAUGGGAUGCAGCGUCCAUUCCUGCCAGGUGCUCCUGCGGACCUGAGUUGGUUCUCUCUCCCCUCACAAGAGGAUCUCAUGAAGUUGGUGCGCCCGCCCUAUUCCUACUCUGCGCUGAUUGCCAUGGCGAUCCAUGGUGCCCAAGACAAGCGGCUCACCCUCAGCCAGAUCUACCAGUAUGUGGCGGACAAUUUCCCUUUCUAUAACCGGAGCAAAGCCGGUUGGCAGAAUUCCAUCCGACACAACCUCUCCCUGAACGACUGCUUUAAGAAGGUGCCACGCGACGAGGAUGACCCAGGGAAGGGCAACUACUGGACGUUAGACCCAAACUGUGAGAAAAUGUUUGACAACGGUAACUUCCGAAGGAAGAGAAAGCGAAAGUCGGACUUGAAUCCCAGCAGCGGCAGCGUCCUGCACCCCGAGCGUCCCGACGACAGCUCCAUGGAGAGCGGGAGUCCCCUGAGGGGGUCGUCCCUGGAGGACGGCAGCCCCAAGAGUCACGAGACCCUGCUGGAGACCUCCGAGGAGCACAACUCCAACACGUCCCUCGGCGCCACCUCGGCCCCUCCCUGCCUCGGCGGCUUCCUGUCCAGCAUGACGAGCUUCGUGAACCCCGGCUCCUCUGCGCUGGCCAGGCCUGUGGCCUUAGGACUUGGAGGAGAUCAGUCCCAGAAGGCCGGCCAGGUGACCGGUGGCUUCGGCCCGUACUCCCACAACACUGCCAGCCUCCCAGGUGUCACCGGGACGGAGUGGUCGGCUACGGCGGCCCCCUCUCUGGGCUACAGCGGCUCAGUCCUGAACCAGUUCAACAGCCACUUCUACCCGGGCUUGAGCUCCGGGAGUCUCCUCUACCCGAGGGAAGGAACUGAAGUAUAGAGACGGGGGGUCCGACGGGGGGACUUUAAACGCCACCCUGACCGGGAAACGGGAGAAUGGACAGCCUGGCACUGCCGGCGUGGGAAAGAAGGCAGUGCCGUUGGGACUUGGGACACCAAAGGGGCUUCCGUUUUGCUCAGCAACAUCUGGGGACUCUGAACUCUUUGACUCCUCCCAAGGGGUGAGGGCUGGCAGAACGGGGCGGCAUCUGUAAAAUAGACGGGCGACGCACGGAGCCACGCCGUCGGACGUCUUCCCAGCUGUCUGUCAUGUCGGCCUCUUGGUUUUUCUAUGGUGUGAUUGUCGAGUGUUCCUUCUGCUUUCAAGGUGAGGAUAAAGCUCAAGUGCGGGCGGCGGGCAGCGGGCACCACUCCGGAGGUCAAGCGUGUCUGUUCAGACCAGCCUGAGCCGACACUGGCGUGCCACUUCUGUCCAUGCCAGAGAGACUUGUGUCUGUGCUGCCUGGCCGUGCACCCGCCUUCCAUCGUUUACCCGCCUCGGGCUCGGGCUGCCAGGAGCGGGCUGCCAGGAGCGGGCUCAGUGUAAGCCUGGUUUGGUGUAAAUAGCGGCCUUUUUGGAAUUGUGUUGAAAUAAAGGUUGUGUUCAAUCCAGC